GGCGGCACAGUCAUGACACAGACACAGAGGAUUUGAUGAAGAAUGCAGCAACCGGCAGUCCAGCAGAAACAACAACAACAUCAUCUACCUCUACAAGUGGCAGCGGUGAUCAUGUCCAGAAUAGGGAAGAUAAGGAUGAUGCUCAAAUCUCUGAAGAACAACACGACAGUCUUGAAACUGGCAAUACCAACGGUGUUCCAACACUCAGUGAGGCAGAACCACAAACACCAGCAACAGUCACCGCUGCUCAAAAGAAUUAUACGACGGCACCUGGCGACAGUGACGGCAGCACCGCGGCUUCCCACACCACCUCCCCUCUUUUGCUUCUUCUUGUUUUUGCGUGUGCGGCGGCUGCUGCGGUGGUGGCCGCGUGA